UGCUUGUCGACUCACACCGUCAAACAGCUCCCUCUAAUGACAACGACAGCGACAACGACAAGAAGCAGGAUCACGACGAUUACCACCCGAUCAGAAAUAGCAUCAAUACCGCCACCGGCGUUUGAUGGACAAUGAGCUAUGAUCACACCCAGCUUACCCACUCGUCGCAGACAGCUCCGAUCCAGGAGUACCGCGUCAUGUGGACUGCGCAAAAAAAGCAAAAGCUGAAGAAAUGGCACGACGGGACCCUCCGAUUCCACACGUUCAACAACCGGAUGCUCCUAUACGACGAAGCCCGCUCACUCAUAACCGACAAGUACCUCAAACCAGGCAUCCGCAUCGAUGAGGGCGACGAACUCGAGUUCGAGCAGCACCUGGUUACCGUGGAGGAGUUUCUGCAGACGGUCAUACAGGAUCUUGCACCGGUAUUUGCGCCGGCGAUGCAGAGGGCGCGGGAGAGAGCUUCCACAGCUAUCCCAACAAAGGCCGCAGACCCCACAGACUCGUACACAUCAGAUGCCGCAGACUCCUCAGACCCGGCCGCGGAUGGAUACGGGGCCCCAUCCGCAACAACGGCGGCCAGUACAAUCUCCUGCUGUAACCCCUGCGCCGGCCCUUCGAAUCUCGGCACCUCUACCUCCGCCGAAUUUACCACCUCAACGACAGUACUCUGGGCCUCCUAUUCGGAAUCAACCUCCUCCUCGUCCACCCCAGGCGCCGGUAUCACGUCUUCCUUCACCUCCUCCACCGCCGGUGUACAGACCUGGGGUACAGACCACCACCAUAUCAGGAAGCACAAUUCCAAUCAGCUACACCCCUGCAAGAGCAGCAGUGCUCUCCACCACUCUUCAAACCGCCCCCUCCAGGUCUUCAAGGAGCGCCACAACGGCGUUCACCCCAAGCACUGCGCUCCGCUCGUACAGCCCCCGGACCAGUACCAAUCCACGAAUCCGCCUCUUCAGGCAGAUGGAGUCCCAGAGCCCAGGAAAUCUGACACUCCAGAACCCGGGAUUCUGCGACUGUCCGAUCCGCACAAGAAAAGGAGAAAAAUGCUUGCGCCGCCCCCGCCACGAGCCACGCCGCCACAGCAGCAGAAAGAGAUGCAGAAAGGGGCCCAGUGGCCAUCAUCAUCCAAGCCUCAACCGCAACCGCAGCCGUGGAAACAACGGCCUCUGCCGCCGGCCCGGCCACAGCCGGAGCCGGAGCUACAACCUCGGGAACAAGAACAGCCACCACUAGGCAUGCAAGCACCCCAGCCACAGCCACAACUGCACAAGCAGCAGCAGAAGCAGAAACAACCGCCGAAACAAAAACCUCGGGCGAAGCCACCAUCGCUGCCGCCGUUGCCGGACUCGCCACCACCAGCCCAGCCCCAGCGUUCACCAAUAUCAAUAGACAUAGACUCACCACCACCAGCCCAGCCCAUACCCCAGCCCAACCCAAAACCAAAACCAAAGCCGCAGCGCAAGCCACCAACCCAUUCAGAACCACCGCCCAAACGUGCGCGAGCCACUGCCACCACAGCCACCGCGGCAGCUAUCGACUCGGACUCGGACUCGGAUCCGUUCUGUCCCAUAGCCACUCCCGUCGUAAAGGCUAAGGCGAGAAAACAGCCGGAACAGCCGGAACAGCCGGUGCAAGCCGACGGCCGCCCAGCGGAAGAAAGGGAAGAACGGAAAACCCUAGCACAGCUCCAGGCUGAGAGGAAAGACUAUGGUGAUACCGGUGCGUGGUCGAGGGAGGCGAGGGAUCUUUUUGAGUGGAAGCCGUGGUGA